AUCUCGCAACGUUCCAACAUCUUUGGUUUCAGACCAGCCUUCCGAAGCAAAAUCUUUGUAGAAGGAAAGCCAGUGUCUCGCGCUUCGUUUCGGUUUGUGCUGACCAUGCCAAGAUUUCACGGACAGAGCAACCACACGCCUAUGGACGUCGUGAAUCAGCUUCGGAAGCAGUACGCCGAUUACUUGGCUUCUCUUUUUCACGAGGGAGUUUUGGAUGACCAGUUCACGCAGCUACAGAAGCUGCAGGAUGAGAGCAACCCAGAUUUCACAGUUGAAGUGGCGAGUCUCUUCUUUGUGGAUUCGGACAAACUAAUAGACAAUAUGGCUGCGGCUCUAGAAAGAUCACCUGUUGAUUUUAAACAAGUAGAUGCUGAUGUUCACCAGCUUAAGGGUAGUAGUUCCAGCAUAGGUGCGACGAGGGUGAAAAAUUUGUGCAUUACCUUCAGAAGUUUCUGUGAGGCACAGAGUUAUGAAGGGUGCUUGAUAUGUCUUCAGCAGGUGAAAAAUGAAUGUGCUUUAUUGAAGGACAAGCUUCAAAAUCUGUUCAGUAUGGAGCAGCAGAUUGUCGGAGCUGGUGGUUCGGUUCCCCUGAUGGAUUAACGCUAUUGCCGGGUUUCCUUUUGAAUGGAAAAAGCAGAGAUUGGAGAGUACAAUUGUGGCUGAUGAUGGGUAUUUUUCUUUGUUAGUUCAUAAGUGGGCUCUUUCUUUGGGUGUGCUUAUUGAUGUUGCUGGAGGCAUAGGUAUUGGAGGCAUUGUUAAUAAGUAUCUAUAACAUUUCCGCUAGUGUCAUGCUGUUUCCACUUGGGUUCUUACGUGCUCUCUUUGACGUGAAAAGCGCGUGCGUUAUUCUUAUGCACGAGAGAUUAUCUACUGAUCGGUUCUG